AUGGCGACUUGGCUAAUUCAGGAAAAAAAUAGCAAGGUUUUCAUUCUUCUUUAUCUUGCACGAAGAGAUAAUAACAAGCAGACAAGAAAGGCUUCAUUAUUUCAUUCUUUGAGGACUCUAACAAACCAAAACAUUCGUGUACGCAUUGCUAAUAAGCAGUGGUUUGCGGUAAUGCGAAGCAAUGCUGGAGAGAUGCCUCGAAUGUCCUAG